UGGAACCCGGAAAUGCCUAUGUAAACACGUUAAGUGACAGUUUGAAUGACUUUUUGAUAAUAGCUAAUAAAUUAUCAUUUUCGCACAUGAUUCAGUCAUCGACUUAUUUUUGUUGAUUCAUAACUGACGUUGACGGAAAUUUAUUGUAACGUUAGCUAUAAACACGAGUGAUUGUCAUAAUGACAGAACGCGGAAACGUCUAUCUGCAAAAAUCUACCAAAGACAAAAUCGAAAAAUUUAACAAAAUGAGAGGUCAAGCAGUAAAGUCUAAAGAAUUUUGGGAUCUUGUGGUCAUUACUGCAGUGGACGAGGACCAGAGGUGUGCUUAUGAAAUUCAAAUCACAGAUAAACUGGAGAGGAAAGAACUGCCUCUUGGCAUCAGUUAUCAUGUGUUUGCAGAUCCUCCAGGAUGCAAGAUUGGUAAUGGAGGAUCCACUUUACAUUCACUGCAGUGUCUUCAUGAUAAAUAUGGCAAAUCACUGUCUGGAUUUAAAGUCAUCCUUAUUCAUGCAGGAGGAUUCAGUCAACGUUUACCCAAUGCCAGCGCUCUGGGUAAAAUAUUCACCGCUUUUCCUCUGGGAAACCCUUUAUAUCAGAUGCUGGAGCUUAAACUAGCAAUGUAUGUGGAUUUCCCUUCGCACAUGAAGCCGGGAAUGCUGGUCACCUGUGCUGAUGACAUAGAGCUCUAUAGCAUUCCUGACCAAGAGUAUGUAGUUUUUGAUAAACCAGGUUUUACAGCGUUAGCACAUCCCUCUUCUCUUUCUAUCGGUACCACGCAUGGAGUAUUUGUUCUGGAGCCAGCAGAUGUGCCCACAAUCUCUGACAUGCAAUACAGAACAUGCUCUCAGUUUCUCCACAAACCAACCAUAGAAAGAAUGCGCAAAUCCAACGCGGUAUGCAAACGGGAAGAGGAAGAGUUUGUUUACACAGAUAGCACUUAUUAUAUUGAUCACAGCACUGCAAUGACACUCCUGAACAUAUUCAGUGAAAUCAGCCCUCUGACAUGUGAGGUCGACGCAUACGGGGACUUUCUUCAAGCCCUGGGACGAAGAGCGUCAGUGGACUACACGGAAAACACAGCCAACGUCACCAAAAAGGAAAAAGGUCUCGUUGAGAUUCGCAGGAAGAUUUUCCAUUGUCUCAAAGGCACGGCACUUAACGUCAUCCUGCUGAACAACUCCAAGUUCUAUCAUGUCGGCACCACGGAGGAAUACUUGUUCCACUUAACAGCCGACCCAUGUCUCAGGGCAGAACUCGGCCUGCUGGCUUCUGCUUUCAGCUCAUUUUGUUUGGAGAAAACUCGAGUCUGCGUGAUGCACAGUAUCCUCCAUCCCAGUGUGAGUGUGUCUGAGGGCAGUGUUGUUGAAUACUGUAGAUUGGAUGCUAAUGUUAACGUCGGUUCCAGAUCAAUCAUUAGCGGAUGCUGGAUUGGAACUCAUCUAAUAGUGCCGAGUGACACUUUCAUGCACUCGUUGUCUGUCGGUCUUGAUGGAAACACUGGUUUUGUGACUGUGGCUUUUGGCGUAGAGGAUGAUCUAAAGAAAAACGUGUCCAGCCCGGCUGAUAUGAAAGCGUUGAGCUUGUUUAAGAGGAGUCUGGACAACUGUGUUAGCCUCUGGGGGUUGUGUCUUGAAAAGGUCAGGUUUUCUGGAGAUGCAUCAGUGUGUAGUUUGUGGAACGCCUGCAUUUUUCCUGUGUGUUCAGAUCUGAAGGACUCGUUCGAGAUGUCGCUGAGAAUGAUGAAUGCAUUGGAUACUGGAAACAGAUUCACUCUACCUGAAAAUACCAAACUAACGUCUUUACAGGAAACUCUGCGGUACAAAAAUCUGAAGGAAAUGCUGAAAUACAGAGAAGGGCUUUAUGAAGAUAUUCUAAGGGUGAAUUUAAGUAAUUCCCUUUAACGUUUGUAUUAGUUGUUUUUUUUUAUUUGAUCAUGAAAGAUUGAAUAACAAAGGCGGAAUAGUAAUUCUCUUUUGACAAAAGAUGCUGUUCAUGUAUUGUAAAUUGCCUAUAAUAACAUUUUAUUUUUAAGGGUGUUUUAUGGAUCGUUUGUGGCCUAUAUUAUGCUGUAUUAAUAGUUCACUUAUGGUUUAUUGUUUUUUUUCAA